CAGCAAGAAUGUGCUCUGUGUGUGGAGCAGGAUCUGGCCAGCCAAUCAAACGCUGGGGGGACCCUCCCCUGAGCUACCCACGGGGAGGGGCCUGGACUGCUGACUGGCCAGAAACAGUGCCGUGGUGACGAGGGCCCUGCAAUGUGGACAGUUUCCUGUGUGUGUGGUGAGUGUGUGUGUAUGACAACUGACUGUGUUUAGUCACCAAGGACAGCCAGUGAAGUGGAAAGCAGAUUGUGCUCUGAGCACUAGCAGGGACUUCACAACUGAAAUCUCGGUUCUGUCACUGCAGUCCAGGCUUUGAGUUGGGUCAUUAUUGAACAAGUGGAAAAUCAAACACCCCACGCAGUGAACAUCUACCGAGUGUGACUGCCUCUUCAGUGGGAUGCUGUGAGGCAUCGUAUGACGCACAAAAUGGACGGGAAUGGGGAAGAUGAGACAAGAGAGCAGGUCCUGGGGAGUAACCUCACUAAGACCCCGUCCAGGGAGAUGGGAGAGGAAGCAAAGGGAGGGGCCAAACGGGCCUUAAGGGACCUGGAGCAACUCCACGAGGAGAUCGGGAAGCGGGAGCGCCAGCUGGAGAUCAACGUGGAGGCCACGCGGCAGGAGGUGAUGGCUUGCUUCCAGCGCUGUCAGCGCAAGCUGCAGGAGCGCGAGGAGGCCCUGCUGGGCAAGCUGCAUCAGGAGCACAGGCGGCUCAAGCGCGCCCUGCUGGCCCCGAAGAGGAUGGCCGUCAACGUGAACCAUGCCAGCCUCAACAGUGACAGCAGCAUGGUGGCCUUCUCCGAGGGAGAGCCCGCCGACGGGCAUGCCAUGAAGACAGAGAACGGUAUCCCCGUGGGAGCUUUGCUAUGCAACCGGAACAAUAAUGGUGAAACAGAGCUGGACAAGGUACUGCAGGGGUUGCAGAGAGCUCUGGACCUAGCCAACACGCCCUUCCAUCUCUCCCGUGCCGACGAGGCCAUCCUGCGCCAGUUUGACGACUUUGUGGAUCACCUCGGGACGGUGUAUCUGGGAGACGCAGACCCAUCGCGGACCAUAGUUAAUGCGCAUCCAGCCCUUGUCCUUGCUGAGAACACCGCCAAAGUUAAAGGGGUGAAUCAGAAAGGAGAAGAAUGCAGGGGUGGUGGGGCCAACAUCUGUGCAUCGUUGAGGAACCAGGAAGGCACUGUCACACUAUGCAAAGUGGAAGACUGUCUGAAUGGCAUCUAUAAAAUCUAUUACACCCCACAGAAAGUGGGUAUUCACUUCCUGCAAGUCGAAAUCAGCGGGGAUCCAAUCAGCAACAGCCCUCUGGAGGUGGAGGUGAAACCGAUCCGCCUCCUCCCCAACAAGGCCUUCAUUGGUGGAAACUGUUCUGUCGCCAUGGAAAUGCCGCGCGAAUACAACCUUCCCGUGUUGGGCAAAGAUGGCAAGGAGUUGGGGAAGACGCAAAAGCUCUCUUUGCAGAGCCUGAAGAUCGCCAUUCUGGACCCAGAGGGGAACGACGUGGAAGCAUCCGUCGCUGGCAGCGUCCAGCGGCGGGGUGUCAUCUGCACCUACACGCUUAAGUAUGUCCCAAAGGUGGCCGGCUUCCACGAGAUCAAAGUCAGCCGGCUCGGGCAGGAUGGCAUCCUCCUGGCUCAUGUGGUGAUGCCCGUUAGUGAGAGAGAGCAGAUGGGCAGGCGCGGCCACGGAAGAGGCCAAUUUGACAACCCGACUGACGUUCUUGUGACCUGCGAGGGCGAUCUGAUCGUCGCUGACACAGUUGAGAAUGAGCGUGUGCAGUGCCUAACCCCGGAUGGCCAGUUCAAGUACGAUUUCCCCUUCCCUGGUCAGGAACCCACACUGCUGGCAGCUAACAGCAAGAACAUAGCUGCUCUUUUACUUAAUGCCAAACGGGUCAGGAUCUUGACCCUCCAGGGACGUCAAGUCCAAGAGUUUGGCCAUGACGACUUCACGCAGCCCUACGGAAUUGCCAUCAACUCUGACAAUCAGGUCUACGUCAGCGAUCGCGGGGCCCACUGUGUCUUUGUCUUCUCAUCUGAGGGCAAACUCUGGAGGCAGAUCGGCAAGCACGGGUCGGGCCCCGGCGAGUUUGACUUUCCCAACUACAUCUUCAUCGAUCCCAGCGACAACCUCUUCGUGACGGAGGCCAAGAACUGCCGCAUCCAGAUCUUCAAGCCCACCGGCGAGUACACAAAGGAAGUGCGAUCCCUGGACAAGCUACCCCAGCCUGGUGCCGUCGUGGCCACGGCCAGCGGCUACCUCCUGGUCCACAACGAGUCCGACAACCGGGUCCAGAUCCUCAACCUGGACACGAAUCGCUUCAUCAGUAGCGUCCUGGUGGAUCUCAUCGCGCCGUACACCCGGCGGAUUGCCGUGACAAGGACUGGAUUCCUGGUGGCGCUAGACAUGAGCAGCCACUGCUUGUGGAGAUAUCCCAUUCCAUUUGAGUAGCGGCAAAACCAGUCAACACUACAUCCCAAAUGAUUUGAUACGCGAACCUAGUCCUUCACAUUUUCCGCAUUUCUAUAAAACUACGUGUACAUUCAAUAAAGACAGCCGCAAAAGAAGUCAUCACCACUGUCAAAAGAUCUGCAUUACGGAUAUCUGGCCAAAACUUUGACAGCCAUCACCAAAUACUGAGCAGCCAUAGAGUACCAAAGUGAAUACGUCACGCGCACAAUUAGUGUUUAAAAGGCAUUAGUGCUAGAACCAGCACGUAAACCA